AUGAGAAGUAUUCCUUCCCCCGCCCUGACUGUGGAAAGCGUUUCAGCCAGAGCUCUGACCUGCUGCAGCAGGGCCUGCGGAAGGGGUUUUACUCAGAGCGCAUCCCUCCUCCAGCACUGGCGGGUCCACAGCGACUGGCGAGAGACCUUGUCACUGUCCCCAGUGCGACAAGACCUGCUGUGGCCGCUCCAACCUCAUCAAGCACCAGCGAGUCCACUCGGGAGAAGCCAUUCGUCUGCGGGAGUGUGGCAAGGGCUUAGUGGCCAGCUCUGCUGCUGGCUCACCAAGGAGCACACACUGGCUAAGGAAGCCCUGCGUCUGUCCCCAGUGCCAGCAGGUUUUUGGGGACCUGUGGAAGCUGAUCCGCCACCAGCGAAUUCACACAGGAGAGCUCCCUUCUGCUGCUGCAGCUGCGGUGACAGCGUCAGUGAGAAGACCUCCCUCUCCCAGAGCGUCCUCCCGCACCCAAGGGAGAAGACCUGCAGGCCUGGGAGCGUGGAGAGCGUCAGCCUCGCACCCAGCUCAGUCGCCCCGGGCAGCACCUCCGGGCUCCGGCCCUGUAGGAGCCCCGGGUCCUUCCUUCAACAUCUGCCCCCAUCCACACUCCUGCCCCGACCUCCCUUCCUUUAUCCUGGCCCCCUACUCAGUCUCCAGCCUCUGGUUCCAUCCGGCCUUCCCGCAGGGCCUGCAGGGCCUCCGGGAGCUGAAGUUGCCCAGGUUCCGCCAGCCACCCAGCCAGCAGCUCAGCAGGAGGGGGCAAUGGGGCCCAGAAGGUGUGCGAGCAUGGGACGGGACUCGCGGGAGGCGGUUCAGGCCCCAGGCUACCCUGAGCCAGCCCGGGAGGCCUCGCAGCACAGAGCGGCCCGACCGCUCGGCGAGGCCAGGGCCAGGCUUCAGCGACAGUGCCGAGCUCCUCCGCCGCCCUCGAACCCACACCGGAGAGGAGCCCUACCAGUGUUUCCGGUGUGGAAGGCCUCCAGCCGGAGGUCCAACCUGGCCCGACACUGAAGAACCAGCGUGCUUGCAGCCCUGGGUGGAAUAGUCGCAGCCCCCGGUGGACUGUGGAUCUGAGAUGCAGUCCCCUCCCUCCACAAAGACCCGCUCAGGACGGCUUUUCUGUAUGGCAGAUCUUUCUCAGAAGUGCUGGGGGCUAUGUUGUUUGUUUUUUUCCCCUGAAUUCUCGCUCCUUUCCCUUAUACAUUAAGGGAUUUAGGCAGGUGAGGCUGCGGGCGGUGACUCACACCUGUAAUCCCAGCGCUUUAAGAGACCGAGGUGGGAGGAUCGCGUGAGACCAAAGAAUUUGAGACCAGCCUGGGCAGCCUAGCGAGACCGCAUCUCUGUGAAAUAAAAAUAAAACGAGCUGGUGUGGUGGCGCUGGCCUGUAGUCCCAGCUACUCAGGAGGGUGAGGCGGAAGUAUUGCUUGAGUUGGAGAGUUCAAGGCUGCAGUGAGCUAUGAUCAGACCACUGCACCCCAGCGUGGGUGACAGAGUGAGACCCUGUCUCUCUAAAAUAACUAAAAUAACAAAAGGAUCUAGGUAGGUAGUAGGCAAAGGUAUAUUAUCAAAGUAAUAAUAAUAUACAAGGUAUAUUCUUGGUGUGGGCAGGAAUAAUAUUGUGUUAUCUUAAUAUUAGUGAUUAAUAUUAUUUCUCUCUCCUUUUUUUUUUUUUCUUAAGACGGAAUCUCGCUCUUUUGCCUAGGCUGCAGUGCAGUGGCAUGAUCUCUGCUCACUGCAACCUCCAUCUCCCGGGUUCAAGCGAUUCUUCUACCUCAGCCUCCUGAGUAGCUGGGAUUACAGGCGCCCGCCACCACGCCCAGCUAAUUUUUGUAUUUUUAGUAGAGAGGGGGUUUGACCAUGCUGGCCAGGCUGGUCUUGAACUCCUGACCUCAGGUGAUCCGCCCACCUUAGCCUCCCAAAGUGCUGGGAUUAUAGGCAUGAGCCACCGCACCCAGCCUCUCUUUUAGAUAAGUAUUUUUAAAAGUGUUUGUUGGUUGUCUUAACGAUGUGCUAUUAGAGUGAGGAAAAAAAAGUUACCCUAUGAGAAUUUAAACUGCAUGAAAGUCUGUGGUAGCAUUACUGGUUCGGUUUCCAAGCUUGCUACCCCAGUCCUUGAUGCCUCUUUCUCCCAAUCCAAGUAGUAUCAGGCACUGCCGUCUACUUGUUGUACCUCAGAAGAGUUUUUGACAGCACCCCGUGCCCUCUGUGGCCUGUGCUCUCUCGCAGGUGCAAGUCCUGUCAUCAUGAGCCUGGACUGUUGGAGAAGACUCCUAGCCAAUCUCCCCUGCUUCCCGCCUCUGCAUUCUGGUUCAGCAUCCAUAGAACCUACCAGUUAUUAUAGAUUCCUCCCUCAGACUCCAGACUCCAACACUAAAUCUGAUGUCAGUCUCCUGCCCAAAAGCAUCUCCUGCCUGCCACUCCCACCCCUCCAGCCCCUCCGCCGACCCCAGCAGGGCCUACAGAACAGGGUUCAAAUGCUUUAGCGUGGCAUGCAUGCUUCUCCAUUGGGCUUUGCCUGACCUCUGUGCCUUUGCUUGCCAGGGCCUCCUGCACCUCUGUGUCUUUGCACUUGAUUUAUUUCCUUCCACUGCCCAAAAUGACCUUUCCCCUUUUCUGUCUCCCAGACUUGCCCUACUCAUUCAUAUGAGCCCCACUUCCACUGAGAGACUGCCCCACCUCUCGUGUCACACCUGACGUGGUGAGUGCUCCAGUGGCAUUGAGAACGUAGGGCAUGUCUGUCUGGUAAUCUGUCUAUCUCCCCAGCAGACUGAGCUCCACGAGAGCAGAGACCCUGGUACAGGGCCUGGCUCACAGUGGGUGCUCAAUUAAUAUUACUUAUGUGAAGGAACCAAUUCCAGCUGCUCAAGUAUUCUGUGCUAAAACUUGGGUUUCUUUCAUCCUUGUUGUCCUCCCAAGAUACAAUGUGUACAUACUUGGAAAGUUAGCCAAGGUGACUGUGAAGGUGACCCCACCCAAUCAAUCGAUGUCUUCCUGGUUACUGUGCCUGUCAUUCGAUGAUUCCAUGGUUAUGUUUAUAGUGAUAACAGAAAAAAGCAACUGAAAACAAUAUUGUUUACUUGGGCCUCGUGCAUCUCCUCCACACAUUUGUAGAAAUGAGAUUACCACAAAUUGCCAAGACGGUUAUAUCAAAUUUUCAGCAGCAUCAGUCAUAGGCCAAAAAGGCCUUUGAGUGUAUUUUUAAUAAUCAGCAUUUACUGGUGGCAAAAUACUGGUUUAGAAAAUAUCGGAGAUUAUGGUCAGGCAUGGUAGCUCAUGCUGGUAAUCCCAACACUUUGGGAGGCUGAAUCACCUGAAGUCAGGAGUUCAAGACCAGUCUGGCCAUAAUUUCAGAUAGUGAGAUUUCGGUGAAACCCCGUCUUUACUAAAAAUGCAAAAAUUAGCCAGGCAUGAUGGCGCACAUCUAUAAUUCUAGCUACUCAGGAGGCUGAGGCUGCAGUGAGCUGAGAUCCCACCACUGCACUCUAGCCUGGGCAACACAGUGAGACUCCGUCUAAAAAAAAAAAAAAUUCUGAGAUUAAUAGGUUGCCAUUUUAGGAGCUCUUUAUAGACCAGCUGGCCUAGUGGUCCUGGUCCCAUAAUAUGUGAGGUAACGCUCUCGCAGGGGAGCCCCAGUUUCAAACUCUGUCCUAGUUUGCAGCCUUGGCUCAAAUGACCCCAGUCAUGAGGCAAACCAAGCACAAGUGUGCAAGUAUCAUGGGUUCAGCCAGAACAUCAGUGUUCCCAGCAUUACACACAGAUUUGAGAGAAAUCAAGUCACAGUGUAGAGAUGUAUUGUGAUGUGUCACACUACACUAUUAUGAAAUGGAAGAAAAUAAAAUUACAAGCCUCAACCUUUAAAUAUUUAGCAACUUGGGCUGUAUCUCAAUGUGUAAUUUAUUUGUCUCACUUCAUUUUCACAAAUAUUAAAUCCCUUCAUAUCAAGUGCCUAUUAGGUUUAAUUCAUUAAAGGCAUACGUACUCCAGAAUGUUUAUUAAA